AUGUCACCUGAUUGUUAUAUAUGUUCUCAAUGUGCUCGAGACACAAAAUCUCCUAGAAAGUUUUCACGUGAAAAUGCAAUGAUUCCUUCUCCAGUCCCAACCGAGUUACAAAAUUUAACGCAAGUAGAGGAAAUGUUGAUUGCUCGUGCUCUUCCUAUCAUGAGAGUUUACAUUAAGCUUGGUGGACAACGAGGUUACUUAGAUCAUUGUGUUAAUUUGCCACAAAAUGUUAAGGAACUUGCAACAUCAUUGCCAAGAUAUCCAAGAGAUUUGUCAGUGAUUAUUGUCAAGGGUAAAGAUAACUCAUUUAGAGAUGUUGCUGUGACAAGAGAGAAAGUACAUAAUGCAUUAUUAUGGCUUUUCCAACAUAAUCCUCAUUAUGCUGAAUUAGAAAUUAAUGAAGAUGCAUUAAACUUUUUACCUGAAAAUGGCAUUCCAACAGAUAUCAUGACUGUUGAGACUGAAAAUGAAAUAAUCUCAAAUGAUGAUGUUAUGUCAGAUUUAGGUCCACCCACUGAAAACCCUUCUGAAGAUAUAGUUUAUAACAACUCUACAGACAUGAAUAGUUUCUUGCCUGUUGGUGAACAGCAGGAACAAGAAAUUCGAG